AUGGCAGAUGUGGCUGUUACUAUACGUCCUAUAGAGUACGGACUGGUUGGAGAUGAACACCCCGAGUUGUUCGACAUCCGGGCGAUGCCUACUCCCAAUAAAGACAUGAAACCAGGACAACUUCCUAGUCACAUGAUCAAGCAGUUCUUUGAAGAUGGUUAUGUCCUUGUAAAGGAAUUCUUUUCCUCUUCUGAACUGGACCCCUGUAGAAAGGCUGUUGAAGAUCAGGUAGAGAGGUUAGCUCAAAAACUGUUCCAAGCCGGAAAAAUCAAAGAUCUCUACAAUGAAUAUGGCCUUUUUAAAAGAUUAACCCAUAUUGAAAAAGAUUUCCCAGGGGCGAAUAUCAUUUUGCACAAAUAUCCGGAGCUAACUGAGGCAUUUAAAAACCUUUGGACCAAUGAACGUCUCCUGAAUGUCGUUGAACAACUCAUUGGCCCAGAAAUAGCCGGUCAUCCAUUAUGGAACCUACGUACGAAAACUCCUCAGAACGAGGCUACAACAGUCCCAUGGCAUCAGGACUCUGCCUACCUGGACAAUAAGUCUUACAAGGUCCUACAGCCCACAGCCUGGAUACCUUUGUUGGAUGCGACGGCUGACAAUGGAUGUAUGCAGGUAAUACACCGAGGCCACAGAGCAGGGAAGGUAGCCACUCAUCAAUGUUGCCAUGGAGGCACGUGGUAUGUGAUGGUGGAUGAGGAGGAAAUGGAGAAAAGUCUUGGUAUGAACCCAGCAACCGAUAUUGUCACGUGUGAAAUACCAUAUGGUGGAAUGUUACUGUUGAACAACAUGAUACCACACAGAAGCCUACCAAAUGUUUCCGGGGAUAUACGUUGGAGCCUUGACCUACGCUGGCAGAAACCUGACCUACCUUUUGGCUUUUAUGAUUUGAAACAAGGCGUUCUCAUGAGGACUGCUAAAGAUCCUAAUUUCAAAAUGUCGUGGGAUGUCUUUGAUAGUACCGUUCGACAUUCGCUUUUGAGGGAGGCGACUGUCGAGAAUACAAAUGAGGACGAAUUCGACACGACUAUUCAGGGACCAUGGAUGAAAAAAUGGGAAAUUGUGCAUGUGAACCGACAUGUUGAAAGCUACAGAGAGGAUCGCGUUGCAGACAAGUCCUAA